AUGAGUCCAGUAAUAACAACUCAAUCAGAAACAACAACUUCAUUAUUUUCAACACCAACAUCAACACCUUUAACAAGCAAUUCCUCCUCUUCCUCUUCUACACUUCAAAAGAGCAAACAAAAAAGUUUGGGGAAACGAUUAUGGGUGGUCGGAAGAAGUGGUAAUAAUAAUAGACAAAAGAAGACACGGCUGUUUCUUUUGGAUGAGAACGGCUGUCAAAGGAAAUAUUCUUCUGAGGAUGCUGCAAUGCAAAGACUUUGGAGGCCGAACAGCAUUGCUAUUGGAGAUGAUAGUAUAAAGUAUUCAGUCAAAAAUGAAAGAAAUAAACGUCGGAAAAGAAUAUUGUUACGUAUUGGUACUUUGGCAAGUCUUGUUGCAGUCGGGAGUUGUUUUUUACUUUUACUUUGGGUGUUUAUAUUUUGGCAUAAUGAUGAAUCUUUUAAAUUAACUCAAUCCCAGAAAAAUAAUAAUUUUUCAUUAUCUUCUAAUCUUUCAUUAUCACCACCAACAACAACAAUUUUUGAUAACACUUCUUUAAUUCAAACAACAACUUUAAAAUCAACAACAAUUAAUUCCUUUUUACCUUCUUCAACUAAUAAUUAUUUUAUUUCUUCAUCUUCUCCAAAAAUCUCAACAACAAAAAUAAACAACAAAAUAUAUUCAACAACAUUUCAGACUCCUCGUCCACAAGAACUUAAAUUUUCAAUUAUGUUAUUAAAUACUAAUUCGAAUGAAAAAAAGAUUUUGGAUAAUUCUUCUAAAAUUAUACAAAUUCACGAUAAUAUUAUUAACAAAAAUAAAAUAAAUUCUCCAAGUAAAUUUUAUAGAAUAAAUAAAUUAAUUAAUUUUAAAGUAAAUAUUUCCACAAAAUCUUUUGUUGAAUUUGAUCGUUUUGAGAAUUCCCAAAAUGUUCCAAAUGAAACGAUUAAAGCAAUUUUAGAAAAUGGAAAUAAAUUAGGAACAAUAUCAACAACAACUGAAAGAAUAUCAACAUCAACAACACCAACAUCAACAACAUCUACUACUUUAAAAACAACAAAAAAUUUAAUCCAAACAUCUACUUUUAAAACAACAAUAAAAUCAAAUAAUAAUAAACUAUCAAAUAAUUAUUAUUUACCUUUUACAGAAAAUUCUAUUACAAAAAUAGGUAAUUAA